CACAGUUGACGCUUUGGUAUAAACGGACACAUUCUAAGACGACAAAUUUCCACGCGUUUUCCCAUGACACGAAUCGAAAAAUGGCAGAAAAACGAAUGCGAAACCCAAACAUUGCACAAUACGCAGAGUCGGCUUUGUGAACUUUCCUACUAAACCCUUUCAAUAACGUUCUCACGCAAGCCAGCAAUUUGAACGGAUCCAAUUUGGCUGUAAAGAGCUGUGAUGCUUUUUACAAUACCAGGUAGGAAAUGUUUCAAUCAAAGUCAGGUAGAUCUAAGCUUCUGUAUACAAUAAAUACAUCAGGCAUUUCAAUCAUUUAGGAUUUGAGCUUCUAGAGGUUUCGUGAACUUCUAGAAGCCUCAUGACCCUUCUGGUUUUUCUAUGGCGCGAGAGAAUUAUCAAAUUCCAAUAGAUUCUGCAAGCCCCGAUGAAUUUUUCGAGUCAUACGAAGAUUUAUUCGAUGACGAUGAUUCAAGUUUGGGACCUUGUUAUCUGCCGGAGAAAAUCAAUGGUACCGUGAAAACUGCCACACUCGAUAAUGAUAAUUGUGAAAUCAGUGAGCUAACGGCAAUUACUCUGGAAUUUAAUGGAGAUAGAAACCCUAACGGAGAUGCGCUUAGUGAUGGCCAAACUGAAGGACAGAGUAACUUUAAUAAAGGGAAAAUUGAUGAACAGAGUGCCAUUAACGAAGAUCAAACUGAAGAACAGAGUGCCAUUAAUGGAGAGCAAAUUGAAGAACAGAGUGCCUUUACUAUAGGGAAAAUUGAAAAACGUAAUACCUUCAAUGGAGGACAAAUUGAAGACCCAAGUGCCCUUAAUGGAGAACCUGUUGGCACUGAAUUAGGGAAAGGUGAAAUUAAGGAAGAUUGGAUUGAGGAGGUGGAGAAUGGAUCGGGUCUUAGCAUCAGUGGUUACGAUGCCGGAACGAGUAAUGGGGGAAGCUCGAUGUCAAUUUCAAGUCUUGGCAGUGUGAUUGGAGAUGGAGUUGUGGGACAAUUAAGUGACGGGCGUGGAUCAGGAUGGUUAUCAGGGAAGGAGCACAAAAAUGAGGAUGAUACAUCAAUAACAUGGAGAAAGAGGAAGAAGCAUUUUUUCAUACUCAGCCAUUCUGGGAAGCCAAUAUACUCAAGAUAUGGAGAUGAAAACAAGCUGGCAGGAUUCUCAGCAACUUUGCAAGCUAUUAUAUCUUUUGUGGAAAACAGUGGAGACAAUAUAAGAUCGGUACAAGCAGGCAACCAUCAGAUCGUUUUUUUAGUGAAGGGUCCAAUAUAUCUUGUUUGCAUAAGUUGUACAGAAGAACCAUUUCAAGCUUUGAGGGCUCAGCUUGAACUUCUUUAUGGCCAGAUGUUGCUCAUAUUAACAAAGUCAAUAGAGAGGUACUUCUAUAAAAAUUCCAAGUUUGACAUGAGGCCUCUACUUGGAGGGACAGAUGUGGUCUUUUCCUCCCUUAUACAUGCUUUCAGCUGGAACCCUGCAACAUUUUUACAUGCCUAUACAUGUGUUCCUCUAUCUUUUGCCACAAGACAAGCUGCAGGUGGUGCCCUGCAAGAUAUUGUGGAUUCUCAGGUCCUAUUUGCUAUUCUUAUGUGCAGACAUAAGGCAUCAAAUGGAGAUCCCGGAGUUGUAAAAUCAAGCCAGAUCAAGGACGGUCUCCUCCAAGAAGAUCAAGCAAGGACAAGGGCGACCUCCUCCAGCCUAGCAUCAACAAGGAUGGCUUUCUUCGAUCAAACAUCAACAAGGGCGACCGCUUCCAAUCCAGCAUUCCAAGGCGAGGUUAUUAGCACUGCUGGGGCUCAAAAAGUAACUCUUCAUCCAGAUGAUAUCCUUUUACUUUCAAAUUUUGUAGUAUCUUCAGAGUCUUUCAGGACUUCUGAAUCAUUCUCUCCUAUAUGUGUGCCACGAUACAAUCCAACAGCAUUCCUUUAUGCUUAUGUGCAAUACCUUAAAGAUGAUAUAUUCUUAGUGGUGCUCACCACUGAUUCAAAUGGGUUCUACCAUCUGAGGGAUUGCAGGAUACGGGUUGAAUCAGUGCUGAAUAAAUCAAAUAUGCUAAGUGAGGUGAAAAGGUCAAUGUUGAACACUGGUCUCUGUGUGGAGGACUUACCUAGUGACCCUGUAUUGAAUUCUGCUCGUGGUCAUCAAGUGCAUGAUAAUAGACAUGAGUUAUCUGCGGCUGCCAAACAUCACACUGCAGGAUUUGGAGGUCCAGGUGGUCUUUGGCAUUUUAUGUACAAAAGCAUUUACCUUGAUCAAUAUGUAGCUUCAGAAUUUUCUCUGCCUCUUAAGGGGCACCGUGCACAGAAAAGUUUGCUCAGAGCUUAUGAGAACUUAUAUGCUUCAAUGCAUACUGGUGCUCUUGGUCCAUACAAGAUGCAGUACAGACGAGAUGAAAAUUACACUUUGUUAUGCUGGAUAACUCCAGAUUUUGAGCUAUAUGCAGCUUUUGAUCCACUGGCCGAAAAGAGUGUGGCUAUAACCACGUGUAAUCGUGUCUGCCAAUGGCUUAGAGAUCUGGAGAAUGAAAUUUUUUUAAUUGGAGCAGCUCCGUUUUCGUGGUGAAUCUAUUCAAGCGUGUAUGCAGCCUUUAUUUCAUGUGGACCAGUACAAGGCAGAAAUGGAUUCUUUAUUCUUGUUUUUUUCCCACAUGCUAUUUUUCGAAUAUUUGAGUUUGUUAUUUUAAAGCUCUAUUGUGGAACAAAUUGAUGAAACUUUCAAUUGUGUAAAUUUGAUUACGCUAAAAAUACCAUUUAACCAUUCACAAGGGUUGCUUGUAAAGCCCUAAAUCGAUGUAAAGGCCUGAAUUAACUGAGUUGAUAAAUCGAAGUAUUCUUUUGGUUCUGACUCUCAACAAAAGUUAAUGGUGACGGUUUGCAAUCUAAGCUAAUUUUUACUUA